AUGCCUCUUGAAAUACGCUCAUUGUUUUCGACAUUACUCGAUUUUAAUCAGUACUCUCUGGCCUCUCCUCUCACAUGCUCACGGGCAGCGACUGUCCAAGAACUUGCAAGUAUACUUGAUGAAAACCGAGUCGUCAAUGUCCGAGGGACACCCGCAUCUGGAAAAUCAGUCCUGGCGGGUCUCCUUCAUCGGUAUUACCUUGAACAGAACAUCCCAGCUGUAUUGAUUAUGGGCUGGCCGCAAAAUCGAACCCACAAUUACAAAGUAAUCCUUGUUCACGAGGCCGCAAACGCGGGCCUUGCGUUGUCCUAUCAAUCGCUUCAUGAUGCUGAUAUUGUCUUUAUCUUGGAUGAGGCUCAGAUGUCGUGGGGUGAUUACGGCCUUUGGCUCGGCUUGAUAAAAUCUCAAAGUGGUCGUGCAGGCCGUGAAGGACCAAGAAUCGCCCUGUUCUCCUCGUAUGGAAGCCCCGAAGGAGGCCCGCCCGAAAACCAAUACGGAUCAGGAAGCCUACUUGGAUUUUUCGGUGUCCCACAGCGCGUGGGUAUCACUUCCUCAAGCCUCGAGGACUCUCCGAAUAUCUCGCUGUUCUACAGCCGGGAGGAGUUUCAGGAUGUUGUCGCCCUCACGUGUCAAAAUGAGCAGUAUCUCAAGCUCGACCAGAGUGCUCAGGAAUACCUGUUUAAUCUCACCAGUGGACAUCCGGGAGCCGUGGAUGGUAUUCUACGCAUGCUGAUGAAGUUAUACCGAUCUGAGUUAAUAUCGGGACGUCAACCAUCGAUCGAGGAGUCGCAUAUUAGGAAAACCUUUUGUGAAAGGCAGGUUGCAUUUAAGCAUUUGAAAUACUCAGCAGUUCAUCGCUCAUUCGUGGAUCCGACAAAGCUUACACCUGAGGCGAGGCAUACCUUGAGGAAAGUUCUCUUCAAUGGAAGUAUUAUUCGAGAUAUGAAAGACCCUGGAAUAAGCACAUGCUACAAGAUAGGUUGGAUCCAUACCGAGGCCCUCGACUCUUCAUCAUCACAUAUAAUUUGCGUGCUUCCUACAAACCUUCAUGCCAUGUAUAUCGAGUUUGAACUCGCAGACCGACAUUUCCAAUUUCCGUGUGAACGAUUCCCCGAUAUUGCGUCUCUGGCUGAAGCCACGAUUAGAAGUUUCUCUCGUAGAAAUCUACAAGCAACAUCGCAGUCUUCGAGGACUGGCCCGGGUGCCAUCAAACGUCCGCUCGAAGCUACGUACCAGGACGAGUUUUAUCGGGCUAUCCACCACGUUCUGGGAUAUUCAGCGGACAUUACUAGUGAAUGGUCUCCAGAUGGACUGGGUCGUAUUGAUUUCAGACUGGGUAGCAUGAGGUGGGGAUUCGAGCUACUCAGAGAGGGCGAUAGGCUUACCGAGCAUUGCCAGAGGUUCGUAGUCAAUGGCUCGUAUUCGAAAUGGAUCACGAAUGACCUACUUCGAGACUGGCUGAUCAUCGACUUUAGGACGUCUCGGCCGAAGCCAUAUAUCAGUAAGUAUCUCCAAGACACACCCACAUUGGCUGAAAUCGCUCAUACAAGUAUAGAUCAGUCCAACACGAGACUAUGGCAUGUGCUCUUUGUUGACAACUUUUCAGAGGCUGAGAUUUUAGACCAGGAUAACAACACCAUUGUAAGUCAGAUUUGUCUGACCGGCUGA